UGUCAAUAUUCCAAAGGAGUGCAGAGCUGCAGAAUCAAAGUCUAGGAUGAUGGAGAAAGGAUGGAGAGGAAUCCCCAUGACCCUUGGGGUUUUGUAUAAAGGCGAAGGUUAAGAAGCAGGAAAUAAAGAGUCGUCUGGACACCAUCCUAAAAAUGUCCUACUUCAUUAAUUGGAGGGGCACCCAAGUGAGCAGAAGCUUGACGCCAUUUGACAAUGUCAGAGUUCCCCGUGAGAGGAGGAAGGAGAACAAGAAGCAUGAGGGCCUGCCUGAAGUCCAGUGCUCACCUCACAGCCAGACACUGCAGAAGGGGGAAGGUGCCCAGAGGCCUGAGGACAAAACAGAGAAAGGAGAAGACAAGGCCACUGAGGAAGACCCUUCUGUCAGCAAAGCAGACCCACGAAAUGAUGCAAAAGACUGGAAGCUGCCGAUCUCCCUGGGACCUGUUUACUCACCGUUACUCUCCUCCAGCCUGAGCACCCCCAAAGCUGUGGGACAAAGCUGGGAAUUGUCUCCUCCAGUGGCAGAGAGCUUCUGUGGACACGACGCCCAGGGAGCCCAUCUGCCCCAGCCGGUCUCUUUCCAGCACUUCACGGACGCGAGGGUGGAGAAGAGACUGGCUGCCCGGAAGGAGCGCCGCAGUCGUUUUGGAAAUGUCAGCGUGCACAAGUGCUACCAGUUCGGGCAGGUCUUCUCCCCUUUCCAAGCCCUCGCCACCACGGAAAUGAGAAAGCUGGUGUUUCCCCGAGACCUGCCCAUGAGACCCUCUGUGCAGAGAAUGAGUUCUUCGUUCUCCACUGAUGUAAGCCUCCAGGAUUUUCUGCUGCCUUCCGCAGAGCUGGGCUUGGGAAAGGAUGAAGACAGCCACGAGAAAGAGAGACCAGCAAGCCACAUGAAAACACCUUUAUUCCCCCCAAUAGUUAAAGCGACAAAAUCUAACGACAUGAAAUAAAAAUUACGAAACUGCAUUCUGA